UCUGAUUCUGCGCAUGCGUUAUGGUUUAGGUAGUGCUGACGAGACCGACGGAGUGUGGGAUGUGAAGUCCGCCCUGGCGUCCGGAGUGCUUUGCUUCAUCCCAACAAUGUCUGCUGCUGUCCUGCAAGGACAGCCAACAGUGAAGCUCUAAAGUCUUACCUGUGAGUAAUGAUUUUCUGCAGAGUCUAAGAGCCCACAUUGACCAUAUUCCUCUAUAAUAAUGUCAGGAAACUAUACUCCCUCCACUGGUGGACCCUUCUCUGCUCUCACCCCCAGUAUAUGGCCUCAAGAGAUUUUGGCAAAAUAUACUCAGAAAGAAGAAUCUGUUGAGCAGCCAGAGUUCCAAUAUGAUGAAUUUGGUUUCCGAGUUGACAGAGAAGAUGGUGCAGAGCCACCCAGCAAACUUUUGGGGAUCCCACUGAUUGAAGAGCCACAGCAGAGACUGAAAUGGCAGGCCCAUCUGGAGUUCACACACAAUCAUGAUGUGGGAGACCUCACAUGGGAUAAGAUUGAAGUCACACUUCCACGUUCAGACAAGCUACGUUCUCUGGUUUUGGCUGGCAUUCCUCACAGUAUGAGGCCCCAGCUGUGGAUGAGACUAUCAGGUGCUCUACAGAAAAAGAGAAGUUCAGAAAUGUCUUACCGAGAAAUUGUGAAAAACAGCUCAAAUGAUGAAACCAUUGCUGCUAAACAGAUCGAGAAGGAUCUACUCCGCACCAUGCCCAGUAAUGCCUGUUUCUCCAACAUGAAUAGCAUUGGAGUACCACGGUUACGCAGAAUUCUACGUGGCUUGGCGUGGUUAUAUCCUGAAAUUGGGUACUGUCAAGGCACUGGCAUGGUAGUGGCUUCCUUACUUCUCUUCUUGGAAGAGGAAGAUGCCUUCUGGAUGAUGUGUGCUAUCAUUGAAGACCUGGUGCCAGCCUCCUACUUCAGCACCACCUUGAUGGGGGUCCAGACUGACCAACGUGUCCUGCGUCAUCUCAUUGUGCAAUACCUGCCACAGCUGGACAAACUUCUUCAGGAGCAUGACAUUGAGCUCUCCCUCAUUACCCUACAUUGGUUUCUUACAUCGUUUGCUAGUGUGGUGCAUAUCAAGCUGCUAUUGCGUCUCUGGGACUAUUUUUUCUACCAAGGCUCCAUCGUUCUCUUUCAGGUCACGCUGGGAAUGCUCAGUUUGAAGGAAGAUGAACUCACCCAGUCUGAGAACUCUGCAUCUAUCUUCAACACCCUCUCAGAUAUCCCAUCUCAGAUUGAAGAUCCAGAUGUGCUCCUACAGGAAGCCAUACGUGUGGCUGGCUCACUGACAGAUGUAGUAGUAGAGACUCAACGUUGCAAGCACCUUGCUUACCUCAUUGCAGACCAAGGGCAGCUGGUUAACCCUGGUGCUGCAGUAAACUUAUCAAAGAUUGUGCGACGCAGAACACAGCGCAGGAAGUCUGGAAUUACAUCACUCCUUUUUGGAGAAGAUGAUAUGGAGGCACUGAAAGCCAAAAAUAUUAAGCAAACAGAGCUGGUUGAAGACUUGCGUGAGGCCAUCCUACAAGUGGCCCAGCAUUUCCAGUGUGUGGAUCCCAAGAGUUGCAGCAUAGACUUGACUCCAGACUAUACCAUGGAAAGCCACCAGCGGGACCAUGAAAGCUAUGUUGCGUGUUCCCGUAACCAGCGGCGACGUGCUAAAGCAUUGUUGGAUUUUGAGCGUCACGAUGAUGAUGAACUAGGCUUCCGCAAGAAUGAUAUCAUCACGAUUAUAUCCCAGAAAGAUGAACACUGUUGGGUGGGUGAGCUGAAUGGCUUGAGAGGUUGGUUUCCUGCAAAGUUUGUAGAGGUCUUGGAUGAACGGAGCAAAGAGUACUCCAUUGCUGGAGAUGAUUCUGUCACAGAAGCUAUCACAGACUUGGUCCGAGGGACUCUCUGCCCAGCCCUCAAGGCUAUAUUUGAACAUGGACUGAAGAGGCCAUCUCUUUUGGGGGGUGCUUGUCACCCUUGGCUCUUCAUUGAAGAGGCUGCUGGGCGUGAGGUGGAAAGAGACUUUGACUCUGUGUAUUCUCGUCUUGUACUCUGCAAAACCUACAGGUUAGAUGAAGAUGGAAAAGUGCUUACUCCAGAAGAACUGCUUUAUCGAGCAGUACAAUCUGUGAAUAUGUCACAUGAUGCAGCACAUGCUCAGAUGGAUGUAAAGCUUCGGUCUCUCAUCUGUAUUGGAUUGAAUGAGCAGGUGCUGCAUCUGUGGCUUGAGGUAUUGUGCUCUAGCCUGCAGACAGUGGAAAAAUGGUUCCAUCCCUGGUCAUUUCUGCGCAGUCCUGGCUGGGUACAGAUCAAGUGUGAGCUUAGGGUCCUCAGUAAAUUUGCAUUCAGCCUUUCUCAAGACUGGGAACUCCCUACAAAAAGAGAGGAGAAGGAGAAGAAACCACUGAAGGAAGGAGUUCAGGACAUGCUUGUGAAGCAUCAUCUCUUCAGCUGGGACAUAGAUGGGUAACUCCUUUAUGAGUCAGUGUUUGGACUUCUUGAAUGGCAAAUGGAUGUUUGGCAUAUAUCCCUCUCUUCUCCCAGCCAGUCUGUUGGCCCUUUGUGUAUUGUACAUCGUUCUGUAACCUGCCGUCUCCAGUAAACUUCUACUAGUCACUAUUAAAAUUUGGUGGCAAUUUGCUAUAGAACAGGAUUGAGGAACCUGUGGCCCAUGUGUAGCGCUGAAUAUAAUCCCAAGCAGCCUAGUUAAUGGUGAGCAAUGCUGGCACUUCUGAGGGACCACAGCAUUUCCAUUUAACAGCAAAUGGGAGGAGCAUUUCAAGUGACCCAGGUUGUAUAGCAGUACCUUUCUUCAUGGUGGCUUAUGGUUGCAAAAAAAUACGACUUUGUAUCACUUGGGCCCUGUACUUGUGGAAAGCAAACACUUUUGCUGAUGCAUAAAUGUAUAGAAAAAUAGUGACAUAAUCAGAAAGACCCCCUAAGGUAACCAUCUAGCAGUUACAAUUCUUCUGUCCAGGAGAGCAGAUUGAUGCUGGAACAGUUCUGUUGAAAUUUGUCUCCUUUGAGGAAAAGGUUUUAUUUUCCAGUGCAGAGGACGUGAGCUCGCUUCGCAAUAACUAAGAACAUGACAGAGUGGGGCUUGGUAUUUUUUUUCUCGGUGGUAGGAUGCACAAAUGGCUUUGGUACUGCCAUAAAGUGCCUAAAAGGACUGUCUGGUGACCAAGGCUGCCAUGGGUGUUAAUGAAAAAAAUGGUUGAAGUAGAAGUCUCUCCUUUUUAUUCUGUUCAGCCGUGAUCCAGGCUUAAUUAUUUUAGCUAUAGCGAUCUUUAUAGUUAUUAUUGUGAGAGAGCUAUAUUAUAGUGAGAAAUUUAUGUAUAUUUUGGCAUAGCUUUAAAUGGGAAAUGGAUUCAGGCUUGAGCUGGCUCAGGGGGAUAACUGCAGCUUCUACCCUGAGGGUGUGAGCAGGGACUGCAGGACAGAAGCACACACUUUGCUUCCUGGUAUCCAUACUAGUCCAAGUGCAGGAAAUGAAGAACACUAGAGGAGAGCACAAUCAAACCAUUAAAAUGAAAAUUAAUCAAGAUUAUAUCAUUUUUGGCUUAUAAAUUAAUGGCACAUCUUGUAACGGUCUAAGACAGGUUAAAUGGGAGUGAACUUUUAUAUGUAUUAGCCUGUUCUUCUUGUACAUCUGAACUACAGUGUCUUAAGUCUUACUGAAGGAGCAAGAAUUGACACUUUUGUACUGGUAUUGCUAGACACUGCAUAUCAAGUAAAGGAUGAAUUGUAUUUCUAGAUUCAGUGUCCUUAUUGCAUAAAUAGUACUGUUACAACCACAGUUUUUUCCACCCUUUCCCUUCCUACUUGAGGAAAUAGAAGCAAAGUAUUCAAAAGAUAAAACACAGGUAUAAUUAAUGCUGGUAGUGGAGAAAAACUUGCCACCUAAAUGUAACUUGUGUCAACAGCAAUACUGCGAAGUAGUUCUUUGUUAUUCAUGUGCUGAACGCCUUUGUCUGUAUUUUCACCAUGGCAGAUACAUGUUAUUGAUAAUGCCAUGACCAAAGAUAAGAUGUACAAAAAUGCUAGAACACAAAUUUUUUAAUAAAAUGAAUUUUUCAAA